UUCAAAUCAAAAAUAUUUAAUUUAAUUAGAUUCAAAUGUUAGAAAACAUAGAAAUCGAUGAAAGCAUGGUGCCUUCACUUAAACCAGCCAGCAGCUAUUACACCUGUUCCCUACACGAGGCAGUGAAAAUACGAACUUCAACAGAAAACUUAGCCGAUAGUAGAAUACAAACCAUACCACAGUUUUUCAAAGAAUGCUGCCAAAAAUUCAAACAUUUACCCGCCUUGGCUUAUGAACCACCGCAGGAAAACUCUUCCAAUAGCAGCACAACCAAAUGGUCUACAAUUUCAUAUGGCGAGUAUGAGCAAUAUGUGGAACAGGCUGCUUUAAUGCUACUACACUUGGGCGUCCAGCCACGCUCUUCCGUUGCCAUAUUGGCGUUUAAUUGUCCCGAAUGGUUUUAUGUGGAAUUGGGUGCUUUGCGUAUCAAUGCUGUGGUGGCGGGUAUUUACACCAGCAACUCAGCGGAAGCUGUUCAUCAUGUCUUGGAAGCAUCGGAGGCCAGUGUAUGUGUGGUGGAUGAUGCUUUGCAAAUGUCAAAAGUGCGUGAGGUUAAAUCGCGUUUACCGCAAUUGCGUGCCGUUGUACAAUUAAACGGUCCCUACGAUGAGUUCGUUGGCAACGAGCCGGGCUAUUAUCGCUGGACGGAUUUGUUUGAAAUGCAAUUUAGCUCAACACUACGUGAAGAAUUGCUGUUGCGUGAACGUGAUGUGGCGGCCAAUGAAUGUGCACUAUUAAUAUUUACGUCCGGCACCGUUGGCAUGCCCAAAGGAGUUAUGAUCUCACACGAUGGCGUUCUCUUCUGCUGUCAUGCCAUAAUCAAAUCGCUGCCUUCUCUGCAAGAAACCCAGGAAACAGCUGUCACUUAUCUGCCAUUAAAUCACAUAGCCGCCCAACUGUUUGAUAUUUUCAUGGCUCUCGAAAACGGCGGUCUCAUCUACUUUGCCGAUCGUAAUGCUCUCAAAGGCUCUUUGGCUAAAACCUAUGGCAAGGCCAAGGCCACCAUGAUGUUUGGAGUUCCAAGGGUAUUUGAGAAAAUGCAAGAGAAACUUGUCUAUGUUGAAGCCAACUCCUCGGGUCUGACGAAAAUACUAAUGAAUACGGCUCGUAGUCUAAUGGAAAGAUAUCAUUUGGAUAAAAUGGAAAAUAAGUCACCAUCGGGCUUGAAAUAUUGGCUAGCCUCAAAAAUAGUGCAUAAGAUUAAAGUAGCCAUGGGUUUGGAUCAGGUUAAGGGCUGUUUUAUAGGAGGAGCACCCGUUACAGAGGAACUAAAGAAAUUCUUUUUAAGUUUGGAUAUGCCUUUGAUAGAUGUGUACGGCAUGUCGGAAACCAGUGGAGCCGUGGUGUAUAAUUUUGAAAGGCCCAACCUGAAGACAGUGGGAAAAGCUAUAGAGGGCUUGGACUUAAAAAUAGAUAAUCCAAAUGAAAAUGGCGAAGGAGAGGUAUUGAUGCGAGGACGCACCAAUUUAAUGGGCUACUUAAAGGAUCCCGAGAAGACUGCAGAAACCUUAACUGAAGAUGGCUGGAUUAAGAGUGGUGAUAUGGGUUAUAUGGAUGAGCAAGGAAAUCUCUAUAUAAGUGGACGUCUGAAAGAGCUAAUCAUUACAGCUGGAGGAGAAAAUAUACCGCCCGCUCAUAUAGAAGCCUUGAUUAAAAAGGAAUUACCCUGUGUCAGCAAUGCAGUGGUGAUAGGAGAUCACAAGAAAUAUCUUACUGUGUUGUUAACUUUAAAGACUGACAUUAACUCUGACACUGGCUAUCCCUUUGAUACCUUAAGACCUGAUGCCAUACAAUGGCUGGAUUCCAUAAAUGUUCACUAUACCAAUCUAUCUGAUUUACUCAAUAUCAAAUUACCCGAAAAUUUGCAAAACUUUGAUCCCAAUACGUUGGAAAUUAAUUGUGAUCCUAAGGUAUGGCAGGCUUUGGAGGAGGGCAUUAAACGUUACAAUAAACAGGCCAUUUCAAAUGCUCAAAAAGUUCAAUAUUUCACAAUAUUGCCACAUGAUUUCUCCAUACCCACCAGUGAAUUGGGUCCCACUUUAAAGAUUAGAAGAAAUAUUGUGCACAAGAAAUAUGCAAAAAUUAUAGAUAAAAUGUAUGCUAAGUGAUGAUUUUUUUUAAUAGAAUUGUAAUUGUUGUUAAAUAAUAAAGUGUUCAGUUAAAUUAAAGAUUAAAAAA